CAAUUAUAUUUCCUAGAAACAGGGCUUAUUUACUUAAGAAGCUAGGUGUGUACAUGUGCCGCUAUCGAAGUAUGAGGGCUUACGUCAUGGAACGCGUGCUUCCACGAGUAAGGGUGAAUUUUGAGAACGGUAAUAUAACCGAGAGCAGGUACUCGUCAGUUGUCCCAUGAUCACAACACACAACAGACGUCCAGCAGUGCUCACUCAAAAUGGCAGCGUUAAGUUUGACGGGGACGACUUCGUUGCUUCGCCCAAAUUCACAAAAGCUGAAGAAUUGCUGUCAACUGGGGAAAAAAUUACAAACUUUGGAACGAUCGUUUGGUAAAUUUGGAAGUUGUCACAACAAAUCAUUAUCUGUAUGUGCUGGAACUAGGAAACAUAAAAAGUUAUUAUCUCGAAAAUUCUUAACUGAACAAAUUAAUAACUUUCAUCGUGCCGUGUCGCCGGUUUUGUCAAAAUCUACAGACGUGAAAUAUCAGCUGAGUCGGCCAAGACUUAGAGAGGAGGAGGACGACGAUGUGUACGAUGGUCUACCUCAGGUGGACACGCCCACAUUUACAGAGGAGGUUUUUAAAGGAAUGUCAACAGAAUUCCCCUGUCUCACCAGAAAUAAGAUGACAGGUCCUGAACCAGACUAUGAUAAGAUUUCCUCUGGCUACAAGACCUUUACAAGCAAAUCCCCUUUUCCUGUAAAAUACAACAACGCUGUCCUGCCUGAGGUUACUAUUGCUUAUGAAACCUGGGGAGAGCUGAACGAAGCCCGUAGUAACGCUGUCAUCAUCCACGCUGGACUGUCCGCCAGCUCCCACGCUAAAAGCCACGAGGAUAACUUUUUACCUGGUUGGUGGGAAAAAUUUGUUGGACCUGGAUGUGCUGUAGAUACCGAUAAAUUCUUUGUCAUUUGUACAAACAACAUAGGCAGUUGUUACGGAUCAACUGGUCCAUCUUCUGUCAAUCCUAUCACUGGAAAGCAAUAUGCCACGACAUUCCCUGUGAUUAGUAUAGACGAUAUGGUCAAUGCCCAAUUUUUACUGCUGGAUCACCUGGGAAUUGAAAAGCUCUACGGCAGUGUCGGGUCCUCCUUAGGAGGCAUGUGUUCCCUCUUGUCAGCGUCUCUACACCCUGAUCGAGUGGAAAGAGUGGUGUCCAUAUCGUCUUGUGCCCAGUCCCAUCCUACAUCUAUAUCGAUGCGAUAUCUCCAGAGGAAGACGAUCAUGUGUGACCCAAACUGGAACAAAGGUUACUACUACAAUGGAAAAUUCCCCAAGAUUGGCAUGAAACUAGCAAGGGAGAUUGCAACCUUGACCUACAGAAGUGGUCCUGAGUGGGACAAGAGGUUUGGGCGAGGCAGGAUAGACAAGAAUGUUUGUCCUUCCUUGUGCCCUUCCUUCCUCAUAGAGAGCUACCUUGAGCACCAGGGUGAGAGCUUCUCUACCAAGUAUGAUCCCAACUCUCUUCUCUACAUAUCUAAGGCCAUGGAUCUGUUUGAUAUAUCUGAGGGCCAUGACUCGCUACACGCCGGUCUGUCGACAGUUCAAUGCCCUACUAUGAUUCUAGGUGUACAGACUGAUAUCCUUUUCCCCAUAUGGCAGCAAAGACAACUCGCACGGAUUUUAAAAGAGUCUGGAAACCCAGGAGUUACCUAUUAUGAGUUAGAUUCUCUUUUUGGACACGACACGUUCUUGUUAGAUCUGAAUGGUGUGGGAGCCGCUACUAAGGGUUUCUUAGAAACAGAAUUACGCAACAAAGGCCACGCUGGGAAAGAGAAAACAUUUACAUGAAAGGCCCGGAGAAUAUAUUCUGAGGCAGGAAAUCCAAGAGACUACUUUUAAUUUCCAAUUAAAUUGAGACGGACUUUUUAGAUAUUGGCCCUCUGGAUUGUGCUGUUGUUUUGUAUGUCUUUCUACAAUAGGAUAUACUGGUGUGAUAUUUACGCUCUGCCUGUAUGCUCGUGUUUCACCUUGAGAAAGGUGAUAAUUUAUUUGUCCCACGUAUAAAACUCAAUAUAAGCGUGGUCUUGAACUGACAACGUAUAUGAUCAUAGGUAAAUCUCGAGGUUUCCAGGACCUGAAUUAACUUCAUACAAGGUUAAGGUCACACAUGAGGGUAAAGGUUCAAAUGUAGAUUUCAUUGCUUCACAAAUCAUUUUCAGGGCUCUCAUUUCAAGGUAAUAAGUCAAAGAUAUAAACUCUUUCGAACUGAAAUUGAAGAUGAGUUUUGCUUCAAAUUCAUGAAAGAUUAUACCACUUAUCGUAGUUUCUCUAUCGGCAACCUUAAACCCGCAAUGAAAUGCAUGGAGAGAGGUUCAAACUGGAAUCUUAAGGUUUUCCUUAAGUACUGCAUAGAUUGCAAUAAAACUUUGUUGUAAACUGUGCUAUUUUUAUAUUUUUUAUUCCAUUACCUUUUGUAAAAUUGUUAAACAUAUCUUAACUACUAGUGUUUUUUUCAUUUCGACCAUUUAUUUUGCAAAUAUAUGCUCAUAUACAUGAACUUUAAUUUUGACUGCUUCAUCUUCCAGACCUUAUAGAUUUUAAUAAAGUUAUGGACAGUUUCAUAACAGUUAAUUGUCUGGACAAAGCCUUCUAGACUUGAUUAAAUUUCAAUAACAUGUUUGUACAUAUAGUGUCCAGUGUCAUAGGUCACUAUUUGAUUAUUCUUGAUUUUGACCGUUUUUGGCAGGUCAGGAACGCGGAGUUUGCCUGUGGCCCACAGUUGUCCUGUCCUUUGGUGUUUGUGAGUGGGACGGGGAGGUUUAAUACCCUAAUAUUCUGUGCGUGUGUGUGUGUAUGUGUGUGUUUGUGAGUGGGACGGGAAGGUUUAAUACCCUAAUAUUCUCUGUGUGUGUAUGUGUGUGUGUGAGUGGGACGGGGAGGUUUAAUACCCUAAAAUUCUAUGUGUGUGUAUGUGUGUGUGUGUGUGAGAGAGAGAGAGAGAGAGAGAGAGAGUGUGUGUGUGUGUGUGUGUGUGUGUGUGUGAGUGGGACGGGGUGGUUUAAUACCCUAAUAUUCUCUACAUAUACUGAUACUA